CGCGAGUGAAUGGAGAUGCGCGUGUACGCGCGCACACAGAACUGCUCCACUCUCUAUAGUCUUGUGUGCGCGUGCACUUGUUGUAACCGGUAUGGUACGGAUGCUACAUUAAACAAACCAGGUCGAUAAAAGUGGACAGACUUGUCACAAAUAGUCACUAAAGGUUCCGGUGUGGAAAUGAUGUAAUAUUUCUUGAAACUGAGACAUGUAUUCAUCCUCGUGGCUACAGUGCGACAUAUCAGACAUGACCUUCUCACAGCACAGAUAAGCUUCCAGCCUUUCACCUUCUCUGCUUAUCGCUGCGGCAACAGAACUAAAGAUGGAUGAAACGGAUGCUGUCCGUGCCAAACCAGCGCCAGAGGACUCUAACGUACUGCCCACAUAUACAGCCGACGGCAUUAACAUUGACGAUGGACGUUAUAAUGCCCUGCGUGAAGAUCUGGAGGCGGACGCACGAGAUUUUGAAGCUCCCACCUGGAGUUUAACCGUUGACCAGCAGUAUUUUACAACCUUUUCCAAAGAUGUUUCUAAAAGACAAGACGUCAUUCACGAACUAAUCCAGACCGAGAUAAAUCACGUGCGGACGUUAAAGCUGGUCUUGGGCGUUUACGUGCGGGAGGUGCGCGAGACCCUGCAGCUGGACGAGACUCGGAUGGAAAGGCUCUUCCCGCAGGUGGAAAACCUGCUACAGAUUCACCAGUUCUUCCUCAACCGCCUUAAACAACGACGCAUCGAAUCCAUGGAAGCAGGCAGCGGUCAGAAUUACUGCAUCCACAGAAUCGGAGACAUCCUCGUUGAACAGUUUUCAGGUGAAUUGAGAGAGCAGUUGCGAUACUGUUAUGGCGUAUUCUGCAGUCAUCACACUGAUGCAGUCAACUGUUAUAAAGAGCUCAUGCAAAACAGCAAGAAGUUCCAGAGUUAUAUCACAAAAUUAAGGCAGCUGUCCAUCAUACGGCGACUAGGAAUACCAGAGGGUAUUCUUCUUAUAACCCAACGAAUCACCAAGUAUCCUGUGCUUGUUGAACGUGUCAUUAAAUACACAGAAGUUGACUCCGAGGAGCACAGGGACCUGGUCCGCGGUCUGGAGCUCCUGAAAGAAACCAUAGCUCAAGUAAAUACACAUGUGGACGAGUUUGAGAAAGCAUUGAGACUGAGGGACCUGAGCAGUAGGCUGGAGCCCAAAUCUCUGGUGAAGAUGGCCCAGGGCCGAGUGUUUCGCAGAGAGGACAUGUUACAGAGCAACAGGAAGCUGCUUUACGAGGGAAUACUCACCUGGAGAUCAACAUCUAACAAAAGCAAAGACGUUCUUGUCCUGCUGUUAUCUGAUGUUUUGCUUCUAUUACUGGAGAAAGAUCAGCGACUUUCAUUUCCCUCUCUGGACAAGCAGCCUGCGGUCAUCUCGCUUCGGAAGCUCAUCGUCCGUGAGGCGGCUCACAACGAAAAGACUCUGUUACUGAUCACAGCCUCCUCUGACACUCCAGAGAUGUACGAGUUUCGCACUUCCUCUAGAGAGGUGCGCAAAGCUUGGGCAGACCGAAUCUGGAAAGCUGUGGAGUGCUGUCCAGAAGAACAGGUGGAGGAACCAGAAGAACUAUCUGAGAGAAUCAGGGACUUUGCACAGGAUCUGUACAUGAGGGAUGCUGUUAUAGAACACUGCCUCAAAGAGAAGCAUCGCUUAUUUGUCAGCAUCACACCCUGUGUGACAGAUUUAGAAGAGUUCUCAUCAUCUGAGGGCCGUCUCCUGUGUGGUUAUGCAGUGGAGCCCCAGCAGGGGGAGCAACUGCUCUCCAGAGCCCUGAAGGAUGUGGGGCUCUUACAGCAGUUGCUGUUAGAACGUGAGAUGGACCAAUGUUCAUCCACUACUGAGGGAGUGGAUCUGAUGCCACUGCCCAAGAGACCUGGUAGCUUUGCAGGUUUUGUUGGCGAUUCCUACAUGCAACAAGGAAAUGGUGCUGGGAGUUUAGAGAAGAGAAUAAGUGACAGUAUCCAGCGAAAUCACUCAGAUCCUCAGCUCAGAGUGCUUUAUCCUGAGGGAGGUCUGGAGCUGUCGGCAGAUGAGGAGAUGAAUCUACAGAGCAGGACAGACCGUUUUCCUAAAGCAGAGCUUUAUGAAACUGUAACUAGUCUAUCACAGAAGCUUUGCAGCCUACAGUCUGUCGUGUCGCAGUUAGAAAGCCACAUCGUUGUCCAGCGCACCAUUAACGAGGAGCUGAUGUCCCGGCCCCGGGUCAACACUCUCCUGGAAAAGGAAAAACAACGAAACUUGGAAAAGCAGCGGGAAGAGCUGGCUAACUUCCAGCGACUUCAGAGUCAGCACAGGCAGGAGCAGACACAGUGGGAGCAGGAGAGAGAGAUGCAGAGGAUUCAGAUGGAGAACAGAGAGAAAGAGCUGAGAGAGAGAGAACUGGUGUGCAACAAGCAGGACAUGCAGCUGGCCGAGGAGAGACGAGAGCUGGACACAUGCAGAGAGCAAUACCAGCAGGACCUGGAGAGACUCCGAGACUCCAUGCGUGCUGUGGAGAAAGAGAAAGAAAAGCUGGAACAGAUGCAGAAGAAAUUCAAGAAGAAUGAGAAUGUGUCCAACACUGGAAACUUUACUCUGGAGAAUGAACAGAUCCAGAUACCUCCUCCAUACCCCAAACUGAAUGUAGUUUCCUUCGGCUUUGAGGAGACGGCACCCCUGGUACCACCACGUAGAGAGAGCAUCACUACCCUGCCUGUCAAGACAGAUCCAGUCCCCAUCCACCUCAUCAGCACCACCAACCAAACAUACAAAGGCAAUCCCGUCCAACAGCAGAUCCCCACAAAACUGGCUGCACAGCCGAAAGGCAAAGACAAACACAGCAAGCACAGGAACUCACACCAACGCACCCACAGUGCAGCUGGCAUAGAGGUAUCUCAAAUCCUACCCAUCAAAGUAACUGGAAUUGAUGGAGGCAGUUUAAGAGCCACAGGAUCCUUCAGUCCCCACCGGCUCAAUCCAGAUAUGUUUAUUCAUCCAGAGAAGAUCUUCAGCUCUGUGUCCUCUCAUUCAAACACAAGCAGGAAGCCUCACAACACAAACACAACACAGCCAGAACACCGUAAAGCCAAAGAUCAUGAAAAUACAGAUGACAUUUUAUUCUUCUAGUGUCUCUUGUGUUUCAGAUGGACAGUGAUCACUGUUUCACUAACAUGAUCUGAACAGACAUGUAAUAUGAUAUGAGAUACUGUGUAACAUACAUUUAACAAGUAAUGAAAUCAUUCAGAUUUUAGUCAUAGUUGUAAAAAGUUGUAGUUGUUUUAAUUGUGAUUUUAAUCAUUUUUAAUCCAAGAAAAAAUUAAGUAUAGUUGAUAGAGAUGUGGAAGAACAGUUUUAAUCUCUGUUAACCCUUAACAGACAGAUUAGCGGAGUGUAAAGGGUGAAAUCAUUAGUGAAAGGACAGUCAGGAGUUAUUUACAAGUUAAAAUCUCUCCAGUGAUCAUUACAGAACAGUUUGUGUCUAAUAUUAAAUGAUCAUUUAUGUAAAUAUCUGUUUUAUUGACUAUUUAUUGUGAUAAAUAUUCAGGGUUAUUUGUCUCUGUCAAGAAAGUCUUAAUGUACUUUAUUGACUCUUGACUGGAAAGUGAUGUUAUCAGGACAUUUAUAACAAUGUGUCAUAUUAAUACUGUACAAUUCUAGUGAAGUGUCAGUUUAUUGGAGAUUUAUCUCCAGUUUCCACAUGUUUUUAAUGGAUAUUAUUACUCCUCAACUCAACUCAACUCAACUUUAUUUAUAUAGCGCUUUUUACAAUUUUCAUUGUUACAAAGCAGCUGUACAUGAGACACAUUUAAUACAAGUAUGAAUUCUAAAGCAGCCCCCCCGGCCAGGCAGAUAGUGCAAAACAAUAUGCAAACGGUGGUGAGGAACCCAAAACUCCCAUCGAGAAAAAAAACCUCAGGGGAACCCAGGCCCAACCAGGGGAUUCCAGUUCCCCUCUGGCAAAAGCUGCUGCCUCUGCACAAGCUCAUCAGUGCUUGCACAACAAGGCUUAAUAAAAAUAUAAAAAUUAAAGAUUAUCAUUAACAAUCUAAUAGCAUUUGAAAUGCUAAAUUAUGUCAUUAAUAUUAUGGAGGUGUAGUGUAUGCAAGAUUAAAAAGAUGAGUCUUUAGUCUAGAUUUAAACAAACUCCUGUCAAUUGAAAAAAAUGUUUAUGGAGCAAAUAUUUUGUUUCUGUUUAUGAAAGAUGUAUUUUUAUGAAUUUCUAUGAGUAUAUGUCAGAAUUCUGUUUCAAACAUUUAUUGCAUAUUUCAUCUGCAUCUGAUGCUGUCUUAAAAUGAACCUGUACAUUGUAAAUAUAUCAUUGUUUGGAAGAAGUAAACUUGUACUAUGUAGUGCUUGUUUUUUUUGUAAUAAACUUCUAUAAUCUGCUGUUAUCAAAAUA